CCUCGUUGGGGAAACUGCAGCGCUUGAAGGAAGCGUUGGUUUAGUUCUGACCCCCAAAGUCCAGGCUUGGGUCCUCAGAGGGUGCGUUCUGGAAAGGCCCAGCUGCUGGCAGGGCUGCUUUUCCUGAACACGGUGUAACCACGUGAAGGUAGUUGGAGUCCCCUAGCAAUGGAUAAAUUCGUCAUUCGAACACCCAGAAUCCAGAAUAGUCCUCAGAAGAAAGCUCCCGGAGGAAAGAUUUACAAGCAAGCCACGAUUGAAUCUCUGAAGAGAGUUGUGGUUAUAGAAGACAUAAAAAGAUGGAAAACUAUGUUGGAGCUUCCUGAUCAAACCAAAGAGAAUCUAGUUGAAGCUUUACGAGAAUUAAAGAAGAAAAUACCCUCCAAAGAAGUGUUAAAAUCAACAAGGAUAGGUCACACUGUGAACAAGAUGCGUCAACACUCAGAUUCAGAAGUGGCUUGUCUUGCCAGAGAAGUUUACACCGAGUGGAGAAAUUUCAUUGAAAAACAUGUGGAUAGACCUUCUAUAGAAGUCCGAAGUGAUCCUAAAUCUGAGACAUUUAGGAAAAACGCCCAGAAAUUACUCUCGGAAGCCUUGGAAUUGGAGAUGGAUCACCUACUGGUUGAAAAUAUCGAACGGGAAACGUUUCAUCUCUGCUCCCGCCUCAUUAAUGGGCCAUACCGGCGGACGGUGAGAGCCCUGGUCUUCACAUUAAAGCAUCGAGCUGAAAUCCGGGCUCAGGUGAAGAACGGCACGCUGCCAGUCAGCACGUUUGUACAGACCCACAAAAAGUGACUUGAGGAUGGUUCCAACCCUGGGCUGGGUAGAAAGGAAAAUGGGCCUCUCUCUGGCAUUCAAAGAUUCUUUUGAGUUUGGGCGAUGGCUGAUGCUGGCUGUGCUGAAUUUUUUUCCCAUGGUGCUGUUCCUUCAGACAGAGGAUGCAGAGAGCCCUGGGAGACAGGCCUGCAGGAGGCGCUUCAUUAGCUGGAAUGCACUGGUGCUGCCUGACAGGUCGUGCUCUCACUGUCCCUAGGAAGCGCAGGACGGUUGCCAUCACCCAGCGCAGUGAAAGGGUGACAGAUUUCACUUGUGAAUAUGCCAAGGACACCUCUAAACUUCCCCUGUGUCAGGCAGAUGAAGUUACUACUUUAUUUCGCCACCCUGCAGGUAACUGAAACUCAAUUACUGCGGCUGCUCACUCGGUUCCAUCCCCCUGAGUUUAGAUCGCUCCAGUGCCUCUCAGAACUCCCGUCUGUUCUCUUUGCUCUACCCCAGGGGUGAGCCUGCCGGAGCCCGGCAACUACCCCUUCUUUCCAGAACUCACUUAUCUGAACGUUUCAGCUCUCCCUGGAAGACCUUCUGCAUUGGUCUCCGGAGCCCCCAUGCUGAGGCUUCUAAUGAGGAACUGGCCUGAAGCCUCCUCACACCUUGGGGUUUAUUUGAAUACGUUGGUUCUCUCGGUUUAGGGCUCUGUAGAAGAUAGAUACAUAAUGAAAUUGCUCCUGAAAUGAAUUACUGUAGGAGAAAAAUUGUAUACAUAUGUAUUUUAAAAUGAAAUACCUGUAUAUAGAUUUGCUUGAGCAAUUAUGUAAAUGAUAUUUGCUUUUUUAAAAAAGUAAUGAUAAAGUGGGGC